AUGUAUGAACAACCGGAGUUCGUUACACCAUGGGUUCAAAUGCGGGCGACGGAAGAGUGCAUGGUGAAAGAGGCAAAACAGUAUCCCAUGUUGGAACCAUUCGCUCCCCGCCACUCGAUUUCGUACUUCAACAAUAACAAAGAAGACAGUACAAGAUCGGCGUACGAACGUCUUCACAGUGGCGUUUUCGAUCCUAGUAAAGCAAGAUGCGAUCGUACUAAGCCCAGCCUUUACUGGCUGGAGAUCUCGAACGAGAACAAAGGUCACAAGGUCCCAAUGACUACUAAUCUCUGGUACGGUCGACCGAACAGGGUCCAAGUCGAUUUCCCCGAGAAGAAAUUCAAUCGAUCGAACAAAAUGCGAGAGUUCUACAGCCGGAAAUUCCGUCUAAUCGAUGAGGACGAACGGAAAGUCGUGGUCUGCUAG